UGUGUAAGCCAGAAAGAAAAGUAUUCUGCCGUCUUCUUCAAGAACUACCUGGUAUUUCAAAUCCAUUUGCCCAAAAAAUUCUUGCAAGUUGCCCAAAUUUUUACAAAACAGUCGAAAAGAAACUAGGGCCAUACCAUGCAACAACAUAGGCCAUACUGGCAGAUGAAAGUGGCUCGAUACAGUUUUUCAGGGUCAAUACCAGCCAAGUUUGAGCAUAAACUACGUCGCCAUAAAUGAGCAUUUGAAAAAAUUGCCACCACAAAUGCAUAGGCAUACGGGCCGGGGGGGCAAGGGGGGCUGCAGCCACCCCAAAUUUUGGGCAACUCAGAUUUUUUGGGCAGCAAGAGAAAAUUUGGGCAUAGGCUGGUUUCAAAGACGUUUCCACGUUUUUGUUAUUAUUAUAAUUAUUAUUUUGAAGAGAUAAAUAUUUUCUAUAUUAAUCUGAAAAAAAUCCUGAAGUAAUAAUCCAGUUACAUUCUCUUAAGACAUUGAUUGCCUAGCACGUGAUGAGUUUCUGGUUAUUAGGGAAGGGUAUCAUAUGUUGAUUUACAUAUAUAUAGUUUUUUAUUGUUGAGCACUGUACUGCACUGCACUGCACUAACUGGAAUGGGCUCUGUCCAGUCGUGAAUUGAUUAUAAUAAACUUCUGCAUAUCUUUUUAGAAUCAUCUCCUCUCGUAGAACAGUGUAUGGCAGAUAGCAUCAGCAAUGGGUCUGAAAAUGAAGAAGUGGCUGACUAGUUCUCUGUUCGAUAAUGGCCAAACAUCAAGAUUUUCCUUUUUCUACCAUAUUUCUAUAACACUCUCACAGUUUCCAUUUUAGCUUCACGAACAUCGAGGCGACUAUUUGAGGAAAAAGCUUCCGUGAGCGAUUUUGUAAGAACAGUUCCCAGUGCUGAGAAAUAUUGCUGCAAGUAAAAUUGGCAAUGGUGCACUCCGUUGCUAUGACAACUCCAAUGUCAUUGCAUUCCUGAUCAUGAGAAAUUUUCAUCUUUAUCUAAUAAAACUGUGGUGGCAAUUUUUCCAAAUGUUUGUCUGUGGUGACGUAGUUAUGCUCAGAACUGGGAGGUAUUGACCCUGAAAAACUGUUACAGUAUCGAGCCACCUUCAUAUGCAAGUACAGCCUAUGUUGUUGCAUCGUAUGGCCCUCGUUUCUUUUCGACUGUACAAAAAAAAAAAUUGGGGCAACUUGCGAGAAUUUUUUGGGCAAAUGGUUUACUGCCCCCCCUGACAAAAAAAUUUCCCAUACACCUAUGCACAAAUGUAUUAGAUAAAGAGGAAAAUUUGUCAUGAUCAGGGUUGCAGUGACAUCAGAGUUGUCAAAUGAUGCCUAACCUAUCAUACUUGCAGCAAUAUUUCUCAUUGGGAACUGUUCUUAGUUUACAAAAUCGUUCAGGGGAGCUCUUUCCUCCAAUAGUUGCCUCGAUAUUCAUGAAGUUAAAACAGAACUGUAUGAGAGCGUUAUCGAGAUAUUUGUCAAUAAAGAAAUGUUAAAGAAAUAAUAAUAAAAAUAAAGAAAGAAAUAAAAAAAGAAAAAAGAAAAAAAAAGAAAAAAAGAGAUAUUUUGGGAUGAAGUUUUUAUUGUUAGAUUAAAUACGGUAAAAAAGGAAAAUCUUGAUGUUUAGUUGUUAUCUGAAGAAAACGAAGUGCAUUUGACAUGCAAUUUCACCUCAUAGUUAGUUUCAAUCUUUUUAAAAAUGUGUGUGAAAGAUCAUGGAGAUAGUUCUGGCCAAUUGCAAUAAAGAAGGAUUUGAUUAGUAUGAUGGCGCUCUUUUUAGGGGUUUUGUAAACAUUUCGGUCUACCUUAACAAAUAUUAGUGAAUAAUUUUUAAACCACUCACUAGAUUUUCUUAAAAAAUUAAGAUUCUUUUCGUAAUUCAAACUGAGAAUUAGUCAGUCACUUCUUCACUUUCAGACCCAUUGCUGAUGCUAUCUGCCAUACACUGUUCUAGGAGUGGAGGUGAUUCUAGAAAGUUAUGCGAAGUUUAUUCUAAUCAAUUCACGACUGGAAAUAGCCCAUUCCAGCUAGUGCAGUGCGGUACAGUGACCAACAAUAAAAAAAAAAUCAGCAUAUGAUACCCUUCCCUUGUAACCAGAAACUCAUCAUGACUGCUAGGCAACCACUGUCUUGUGUGAAUGUAACUCAAUUAUUACGCCAACUUCAGGUUAAAUAGAAAAUAUUUAUCUCUUCAAAAUAAUAAUAGUACUAAAAAACAUGGAAACGUCUUUAAAAACUGGCUUUGCCCAAAUUUUCCCUUGCUGCCCAAAAAUCUGAGUUGCUCAAACUUUGGGGGAGCUGCAGCCCUCUCGCCCCCCCCCCCCCCCCCCCCCCCCCCCCCCCCCCCCCCCCCCCCCCCCCCCCCCCCCCCCCCCCCCCCCCCCCCACACCCAACACCAACCCCCCCCACCACCCCCCACACCCCCACAAACAAAACAACCCUCCACUCCUACCCCACCUAAACAACCACGCAACACUCCCACUCCAUCCCCCGCACGCCACCCAAACAGUUUAUCCACUGGGUUUGGCUGUAGUUUCCCGUGGUCUCCUAAAAUACGCUUCGUGUCCAAUUUGGGGGGGCCGCCAGCCCCUCGGCCCCCCCCCCACCCAUUCCCCCCCCCGGCCCGUACGCCUAUGUUUCAAAGCAGACCGACUCACACAGAGGCAAAAGAGCUAUCUGCGAUUUCAUACUAUUCUAUGCUCAAGCAAGCAGAACUAUACUGACUGUUCUUAGCCAACUGAGAAUGUCGCUUAUGUUCCCCUAUUCGCCUAACAAAUCGACUUCAAUAAGAUGGAAUACUUUCAGGAGGUUACAGCGAGACGUUUCAUAGAAAAUCAGUGUAAUUUUCUGACUGCCAGGCCAGCAUUCUACUCCUGGCUGGGUAUUACUACGAUUUGAAUAUCAAACACUCCGUAAACAAACGAAAAAAACGGGGACCUCAAUUGAUUUCAUAUUUUGAAACUAUUGCUCAUGCAGUUAAAACGAAGAAAACAAAACGUUCGACAGAUACACAAUGAAGUUAUGAAUAGAAGAAAAUCAUAUAUCCACUGGUUCCGCACGGAAAUUCAUAUAUUAAAGGGAAUUGACAGACGCGAAGAUAAAGAAUGAUUAUCACGCAUUUACGACUUGAUUCACUGUGUGAAUACAAACUGAAAUUGUGAAGUUUGAGUACAAAUGCCUAGCGUUAAUGAAUUAAAGUUGCAAAGUGUUCAAGAACUUAAAAUCAGAAAAGACUAACCUUUUUCCAUGGCAAAAAGACACCCAAACAGCAAUUCAGCAAAGGUAAAAGAAAGAAGGAAGUCUUGUAUUACGGUCCUUUGGCUCACUGUGCCAACUCCGAGACCUGGGGGGUACUCCCAUACAUUACAGAAACGGGUAUGUGCCGCCCGACGGGGUCGUGAUUUUAGAACGGGGUAUCUAUUUCAGGGGUUUAAAUUUCAGAGGCGUUUUCUAGAGCGGGGUAUAAUAUUUCGAACGCACGAAAGCUCCAGUUUUGUGAGCAGCCGUUUGUGUUUAAGGACAGAUUGCUUUUAAAAAUACGGUUCAGUGCGUUAACAAGCAAACUGUUGUACUCUUGUUGCACCCCUGUGUUUUAGCGUGCAGGGCGGGCGUAUUUUGGCGCGAGUCCCGAGCGCUGACCCCGCCAUCUUGGAUAAAUAGGCGCGCGGAAGUCUGGAACGAGUCCAUAAUGUACCCGAGGGUUGACCCGAGGGAGAUGGAGACGGGCUCAAAUCGUUAGCUUACGAGUGUGGUUCUGUGCGUGGUGAGAGAUUUUGCGUCAUAAUUAACCGCAUUGUAUCCACAUACGCAGGAAACGUACUCUGAAUGAUUAUGAAGAAGCAUUUAUUUGAUGUAUAAGUCGAACAAAUAAAGAAAUAUCUUUUUUAAAAAACAGGGCUAUUUCAAUUUACAAACUUUCUAGAACGGAAUAUGAAAAAUUGGCCCAUUUCGAGAACGGGGUAUCAGUUUUAGGGCGAAUUCUAGAACGGGGUAUGAAAAAUUGGCUCAUUUCUAGAACGGGGUAUCAAUUUUACGGGAAAGUUUUUUUAGAACGGGGUGCCAAUUUGGAGUCCCGGCGGCACAUACCUACCCAAAAAAUACCCAACUGCGCCCCCCCCCCCCCCCCCCCCCCCCCCUUUGUCCGAGUGAAGUCUGGGAAAGAGUGACCGAGCCGAGAAUGCCAAGGGACUAGGCUGGGUGUUUUGGUGUGAUCUGGGCACAGGCGGCCCAAGCUCAUGACAUGAACGCGGACGUGACUCUUGCUUGCGAGCGGUGUUGCGUUACAAACGGUUAUUUAAAAAGGUUUUUAUGGGAUGUAAACGGUUUUUCUUAAAAGAGAGAAAAAAUGUUAUGUUUUUAAAUAAAAUCAACUUAGGGACUUGUCAGAAAUUAACAGGGGGGGAGGGGGGUGGGAAUUUUAAAUUUGGGUUCGGAAAUGAGGUGACCCAUCCCUGCAAUAAGAGUGAAAUUUGCUAACCCUCCCCUUGACCGUGGCCUAAAAUAUCAUGACCCUCCCCCUCUAGUAUAAAAGAUAAAAUCUAGUUCUUGCAAUACACUAGGGUGAGUCAGUAUUAUGAAAGCCCAAAAUAUAUUUCUAAUCUGUUCUUUGUAAUGCCAUAUACAUACAUUUUAGAUGACAGCAUUAAGAGUCCGACUCUGAUUCUGACAGCUGAUCACUCGACUCUCCUACUUCUCCCAGUUUUUUUUUACAAAAUAAAGAACUCCUUUUUUCUUCUGUGGGUGAACCUCUACAUGAUCACGGACACAUAUUUGCAUGACCCACCCCCUUUUAACGGGCCAUUUUUCAUGACCCCUCCCUUUUCUGCAGUCUCAAAAAGUUGUGACCCUCCCUCUAUUUCCACCCCCCCUCCCCCCCUGCUAAUUUCUGACAAGUCCCUUACCUUAUUGCUUUGUUGUAUUCUUUGUUGUUUGCUCGCGUCUCAAGCCGUUUUGAAGCGUUUUCGACAAGUUAGCGCUAUUUUGGUGUUCCACUAGCUUUUAGCGGUACUAAAACUCAGUCACUUCAAAAUACCCGGCCACUUAUCAGAAUGCUUUAGAGAACAAGGCAUAACAAGGCUUCGGCAAAGUCUUCUAUGAGAACGCCACUCCAGGCCCAUUGCUACUAAUUUACUCCCAGAUAUGGCAGUUUCGAAAACGAAGACCGAAGCACGAAGCACCCAAAUCUCGAAAACCAAGCGCCCAAAUCUCGACUAUUAUCAAUGCUGCGUCCUGAUUGGUUGAGCUAAUACUAGGCUAUAUGUAAUAGCCCACUAGUAGCGAAAAGCGCGGGCUUUUUGGCGGCAAAAAAGAAUUAAAUUCUGGCUUUAACUAGCUAAAUUUUUUUUAUUCUCGAUAUUUUUGACCAACUAUAGGUGGAUUUUACUAAAACAAUUAUUCCUCUCGCCCUCGUGGCCUCUGAGUCAAUAGCCCAUUGGGCCUUCGGCCUCAUGGGCUAUUGACUCAGAGCCCACUCGGGCUCGAGGAAUAAUUGUUAAUUAGUCAUGUAUAGAAGUGGCUAGAAGAAGACUUUUAUAGAGUAGUUAAUUUAGCUUCAUGUUAUGCAGGCAACUCAAGUCAAAAGUUGGUUACUGUCCCUGCCAUAAAAAUUCAUAACAAGUCAUGACCUCAGUGGGGCAGUCUCAUGCAGGGCUUCCACAGAAGCGUCCUGUUUUUUCUCUGAGCUGAUCAUAUCCUUCCAAAUUAUUAUGUAAAAGUUUAUUUCUGGGAGUUAAUAGUUAAAAUUAUUCCUUUUUUGAUCAUUACAUGUAUCAGGGCUGUCACUAAGGGCUGGCAUCUGGGGAUUUCCCAUGGCUUCUAUGAACAUGAUUAUCUGAAUUUGAAUAUUAACUAAUGUGACACACUUUGUCAGUUAAGGCCUACCUCUCAGAAUCACUUCAUGUAUUUGGAAGAAAUGACUUCCAGCUACUUUCAUUAGAAACAAAAGGAAAAAUUAUAGAGCCCAUGGAAAUUCCUGGCUGUUCCACUCCCCAGCCACUAAUUGCAUAUACCCGGCAACUUGCAACAGCCCCUCACCCUUUUUUAGUGUAGUGAACUUGCCUAAACUCAAACUGCGUAAUAUAAAGGUUUGGUCAAACAGCUAUACCAUUGUGCUGCAAGGUUAAUUUGUUGAGUGGGAAAUUUUGAAGCUAUCUUUAGCUAACAUUUAUGUUGUCAUAUUGUUCUGAUACAAAUGUACUGAGUACAGCAAAGCACAACAGAGUUGCGAACUAUGUGACUGAAGGUUUUUUAUGUUUGUUAAAGCUAUAAACAGACAGUUAUUACUGCAAGCCCCCAGGUGAGCAACAAACUCAUCUUUGGGACUCCUGUUGUUCCUUGGGUGUCCUGUCACUAAAAAAACCAUCACUAACUCGAUGUUUGUGUCAGAAUGAUCUUUAGCAGAAAUGAUCAGCAGUAUCAUUAUAAAAAUUAUUAAUUGACCCAUUAAAAGGGUCUGUUAAAUAUCAUUAGCAAAAUGUAUGUCAGUUCAUCAUCAUUUGCCCAGUAUCUACUUAAACAAAAAAACAUUUGGCUAUAAAAAAAAAAAACUGUGAUAAAACUUUUCUUAUAAACAUUAUGAGAAAUUUUAAAAGAAAGUUUCAAAAGAUGAUGAUGCUUCGACAGUCUCUGACGUCUUCAAGUGAAACUAGCUUAUGCAUGUUCAUUAAAUGGAUGAAAAACAGUACAUCAUUGAAAAGAAAAGUAACAUAUUUAAUAUGUUACAAGUUAAACAAAGAGUUUCACACUAAUGGAGUCACUGUGUGUCUUGAGACUGGGCCUUAGUUCUUUGAUGCAUAAUGUCUCGUAAAUGAGGCAGUCAUCUGCACACAGCAUUAUAACUACAUAUUUGUAACCUCUAGUUUAUUUAUGAUAGAAGCAGUGUCAUUGGCCGGUUCUCAAGGAGGGUUGUGGUCAGUUGAAGGCGGAAACUGGAGAUGUCUGUGAUGGUUUGCUUUCCAACUCCAAAGCAACAGUGUACAAGAAUACCAGGGUAACAGAAGUAGUAAAAAAAAACAAUGGCAAUACUGAAAGGCCUGUCUACACAUUAAAAGGGGACGGCAACAUUUCAGACAAACAAUACGACAUGGUGAUUGUUGCAGUCCCAUUAGAAAUUAGUAGCUAUUUCUUUUAUUGUAAAGGCUGCAAAAAC